AUGACGGAGGUCGGCGGCUCGUAUAAGGACUCUCUUUCUCAGGCCCAGAAAAACGAGCUGAGAGCAAUAGCCGAGAAAAUUGUAGCUGAUGGCAAAGGAAUUCUCGCUGCCGAUGAAUCAACUGGAACCAUUGGAAAGCGCCUCUCAUCCAUUAAUCUCGAGAACAACGAAAAUAAUAGGCUUUUUGAAACACAACAUUUCGGACAACUGCUCUUCACAACACCGCAUCUUAAUCAGCAUAUCUCUGGUGUGAUUCUCUACGAAGAGACUUACAACCAGUCUACCGACAAUGGAGUGAAAUUCGUCGACCUUCUCAACAAACAGGGAAUCGUACCAGGAAUCAAGCUCGACCUUGGAGUUGUUCCACUUGCUGGCACCAUUGGAGAGGGAACCACUCAAGGACUAGACAAUCUUGCUCAGAGAGCCUCUGCUUUUAAGCAGGGAGGAUGUGGUUUCGCCAAGUGGCGUUGUGUGCUUACUAUUGGGCCUCACACUCCUUCUCAUCUAGGAAUGUUGGAAAACGCCAACGUUCUGGCUAGAUAUGCUUCAAUUUGCCAAGCAGCGGGGCUUGUCCCAAUCGUUGAACCCGAGGUAUUGUGUGAUGGAGAUCACGAUCUUGCUAGGGCUCAGAAGGUUACCGAGCAGGUGCUCGCGUUUGUGUACAAGGCACUCGCUGAUCAUCAUGUGUAUCUUGAGGGAACUCUUCUUAAGCCCAAUAUGGUAACUCCUGGACAAAGCUGCCCCAACAAGUCUACUCACGAAGAGAUUGGUUUGGCCACUGUCACAGCUUUACGGCGCGCUGUUCCUGCCGCUGUACCUGGUAUCACCUUCCUAUCCGGCGGUCAAUCAGAAUUGGAUGCAACAGCUAAUCUUCACGCAAUCAACCAGGUGAAACUGCUCAAGCCAUGGAAACUCACCUUUUCAUAUGGUCGUGCUCUUCAAGCAUCAGUGUUGAAGGCAUGGGAAGGAAAGGAUGAAAACGUUGAAGCCGCUCAGAAAGUCCUUCUUCACAGAGCUAAGGCAAACGGCAUGGCUGCUCUCGGAAAAUACGAAGGUGAAGAUGCCGCUGGUGCUGCUGCUGAAUCUCUCUUCAUUGAAAAACAUGCAUAUUGA